AUGAAGUGCACAACAGCCGCCGCCCUGGUCUGUCUGGCCACCUCCGCCGCAGCCGCACCGACGCCUAAGCCGUUCAUCCCCCCUAGCGACUUGUUCAAAGGUUUUAAUGAGCUUAAUGGAGAAUCGGUCUACAAUGGCUUGUUCAGCAAGGACGGGCCCAGCAAGGAUGCGUCCAAGAAGUUUGACCACAAGAAGACCAUGCUGAAGCCCUACAAGUACGAAGACGCCCUCAAGUGGGACGGCUCUGGGUCUGAACCCUACGACUGGGGCUUCAACUGGAACCGCCGUCCCUUCAGGAAUGACCAUCCGGGCGAGAGCGAGGAGGACCGGAAGAAGAAGGAGGAGGACCGCAAGAAGAAGGAGGAGGAGGACCGGAAGAAGAAGGACGAUGAGCGCAAGAAGGAGGAGGAGGAGCGUAAGAAGAAGGACGAUGAGCGCAAGAAUAAGGAGGAAGAGGACAAGAAGAACAACGACAACAAGGGCGAUUGGAAGAUCAAAAACUUCAACCGCAAAUGCUCCAACGGUGGCGACGGCAAAGACGAAUCAAAGGACAAGGACUGCACCAUCUCGUUUGAGAUUGAACAGCCCGGCAAGUCCUCGAGCAAGUGCGAGUACAAGAUUGACAACUUGCGCGCGUCCAUCUCGAACCACAAGUGCAACGACAACGGCAACGAGUACAACAUCGGUGCCCAGUGGAGCGACUUCUUCGGCGCCGACAAGGGCUUCACCACCCUCUCGGUCGUCGACCAGAAGAACAAGCGCAUUGUCUGGCCCGCUUACUCUGACACGGAGCUCAAGAACGGCCAGAACUUCAGUCCUGACAAGACUUACAAGUCUCAAGAGGUUCCCAAGUGA